AUGCUAACGCCCACAAUCAUCUUCCUCCUUCUACUUACCCUCGCCCUCGCCUCCCCUCUAACCUCUCGCUCCCAUCCCGAAGGCUGGCCAAUCCCCGAAAUGAAACUCCACUUUAUGGGCACUUCUACCCAAACCCCUAUCCCGUGGGCUCCGAAUAAUGGAUUCGAUUCCACAAUUGAGUUCACCGUUGUUUUCCCUCUAGGCAAAGCAACAUGCACAGCGCACUGGCCCGAAGGUCAACUCCCGACAACGACGAUUUCAUGUGGGAAGAAUGAAAGCGAAGAGCCCGUUGAAUUCAGUCUUAGCAAAAGAGAAGAUAGGGACGGGGCAUUUAAUGAAUGUAAUUUUGUUCUGCAUGUUGAGAAGAGGGGUACAAAUGGGUAA